UGCGAACUUGCGAACUUUAUUUUUUUGCGAACGUUGCCAACGAUGCGAACUCGAAAUGAAUACCCUCAUUGUGUUUAAUCACAAUCGUAUGAAUAAAAGCACAAAAAAAGUGGUGAAACAAUGGAAGAUAGAAAGUCCAGAUAAUGACAAAGAUGUGGAAAUGGGUUAGCUCUUGAUGGACAUUUCGCUAAAUUAUUAAAUUGAUGCAUUAUUACAAGGAAUAAAUUUGCGUUUUGUAGCCGCCUUAGAGCCCCAGAUCCGUUUGAAGUCUGUAAAUAAAUCAGCUCCAGACAAGAAGAAUGACCCAGAAGAAUAUCAACCAUUGUAUCCAAAAUUAGAUCAAUUAUUGGCAGAAUUGCCGGCAAAAUACGUGGCAAAAGUCACGCCCAUGACGUCUAAUUUGUACGUACCUAUGGACAAGGAAAAUGGUUACGUUCCCUCAGAAGCAUCCAUUAAUAGGCAGGGUCAUAUUGGAGGAUGUAGUCGAUUCGAAGUGGUGAAAGCAGAUCAACUGGCCAAACGAGAAUUAUUUGAAGAUGAGGAAUUUCCAGCUAAUAUGGAUUCGUUAGGAGAACGAUUACAAGUUGAAUGGAAGCGUCCUCAUGAGAUUAAUGCAGAAGCUAAAUUCUUCACGGAUGGUGUGGCUCGGUUCGAUGUGAAGCAAGGCGAACUCGGCGACUGCUGGUUUCUGGCUGCACUAGCAAACCUCACACUGAAUGAAAAAAUUAUUUGCCAGAGUUAUUCCAUCUAACAAUGAGUGGACUGGAAGCAGUGAUUACGCCGGAGUUUGUCACUUCAACUUCUUCAAGGAUGGAAUAUGGGAAAAUGUGAUAAUUGACGAUAGGCUACCGACCAGAAAUGGAAAAUUGAUUUACAUGCAUAGCACCGACCCGACAGAAUUUUGGAGUGCUCUCAUAGAGAAAGCGUUGGCAAAACUUUAUGGAUCGUAUGCAAAUUUGGAUGGAAAUGACGGCAUUGGUCCGGCCAUGCUGAAUCUGACUGGAGGAAAAGUAGAGCGUCACUAUGUCCAGGAAUUUAAGCAAGAUCUUGACAAACUUUAUGAACUGAUUUCGUCUGCCCUAUCAACUGGAGAAAUGGUUGGUUGUGCCUGUACCAUGAUGGAUCGUUCUCUUGGGAUUAUUGGCGGGCAUGCAUAUUCCAUAACAAGUUGUGAAACAAUUGAAUUCAAAAAUGGACAGGAAACUGCUUGUAUACGGAUUCGAAAUCCCUGGGGAAAUGAGGUUGAAUGGGAAGGACAAUUUUCUGAUAACCACCCCGUUUGGGAGCUUGUCGAUGAGGAAACGAAGCUUGACUUGAAAUUGAGGUUUGAUAAUGAUGGCAAAUUUUGGUUCCCAUUGCCCGAAGUGGUAACACCCCUAGUCGCCAAUAAUAUCGGGCCUCAGGAUAUUUUCGAGUGGCCAGCGACGUUGGCCUGAGGUACGAUCCUGGCCACGCGUUUGAAGAUGGGCCGUUGGUGGCCAAAAACUAUCGGCCCGACAGUGUGUAAAAAUUUUCCCAACCGCGAGCCACCAGUCCCCCAACAUGUUUCUGAUCACUUGCCACUGUCCCUACCAUUCCCCAAUCAUUUCCAAAACACUCCAAUUUCGCACUCAGAAUUUAUUUUAUUCUUUAUUUAAUAUCAUGUAAGAGUGGAAAACAAACAAAAUUGUCUUUAAAAGGUAACAUAAUGCAUCUAUGCGCAAUUUCUAAACAAUUCAGUUCACAAGAUUUCUUUAUAGAAUUUUCUAGAACAAAAAUUCCCAAUACACAACUAUUUAUAGGCUUUUCAUACAAUGGAUUUUUGUUGAUAAAUGUGUCAUAUUCAACUAUUUUAAUAUUAUUACAUUUAUUUAGCUUAAUUCUACGAACUAUAAUAAUUUCACCAGAGAUCAAAGAGUAACCGUUAUGUAAUAAUUUUGUCUUAUC